AUGGCCAUCAUCGGCAUGUUCUUUCAGGAUGGACUCACAGGAUCUGCGUGGGGUGACUGGGCCAACUACACCGCAUCGCCGCUCCGUGCCGAGCCUGUGUCUGCGGCAGCUGCGGCCGCUGCAGCCAAGGCGGCUGCUGCCAAGGCGGGCGCAAGCGCAGGAGCCAAAAGCGUGGCCGCCAGCACCGGCGUCGCAGCCGGGACUGGCAAGUCGUUGAGCGGCGAGGGCGAGGACGUUCCUCCGGAGCCCAGCUUCGACCCUGCCAACGAAGUGGGCGUCACUGAGCCUUUCGGCUACUUCGACCCGGCCGGCUUUUGCAAGAAGGGUGACAAGGCUGGCUUCCGCAACUUGCGCGCGGCCGAGAUCAAGCACGGCAGGGUGGCCAUGAUGGCGGCAGUUGGUGCCGUCUUCCAGCACUAUGUGAAGUUCCCUGGCUUCGAGAGCGUUCCUGCGGGGCUUGGUGCCGUGGAAGUCGCGCCGGGCACCUAUGGCUUCGCAGCACUCUUCGCCAUUGCAGGACUGCUGGAACUGGGCGCCUGGACCGAGGACCCCUCCAAAGAGCCCGGCAAUUUCGGCGACCCGGCCGGCCUGAACCAGUACACGCUGGAGAUGCGCAACCGGGAGCUCAACAACGGCCGCAUGGCCAUGUUUGCAGCCAUCGGCAUCAUCGCCGCCAACAUCUACACGGGCAAGGAUGCCAUCGAGCAGUUCGGCUUGGCCUGA